UGAAAAGUUAAACCCUCUUUAAUCGCAAUCAACCAACUGAUUACUGAUAAUGAUAUACUUCUCUUAAGUGCCGCCUCUUCUACGUAAUCACUUAUUCACUCUCUCUCUCUCACUCACUCGUAAUCCUCUCUCCUCUCUCUCCUCUCUUUUGCAUGCGAUUCGGCUUUUAGCGGCGGAGGCGGCGAUGAAGCUACAUUGAUUCACUCUCUCGAGAUUUAGUGUUCUCAGCUCUUACGUUGUGGCAAUUUCGUAAUUCUCACUCGUCUUCCUGCGAUUUUGAAUUUUGGUUUCUGAUGGCGCCCAGACAAGUACCAAAAUCAAGAAAACCCGGUUUUAGCAAGCUAAAGACUUCUAACUCCCCUGCUUCUUCAACAGCCUCGUCUCCAAUACUUUAUCCAGAGACAUCUCUGGAUAGCCAUAGCUCUCCUACUCCUUCCUCUGUUCGAAGCAAGCCUCACUAUACAGGAAGGGUACCGCAAAAUGCUUACCAGUCCAAAGAGAACGUCACGGUGACUGUUCGUUUCCGUCCACUCAGUCCAAGGGAGAUUCGUCGUGGGGAGGAGAUUGCAUGGUAUGCUGAUGGGGAAACUAUUGUGCGGAAUGAGCAUAAUCAGUCCAUCGCUUACGCCUAUGAUCGUGUUUUUGGACCUACAACAACAACUCGCCAGGUCUAUGAUGUUUCUGCUCAGCAUGUUGUUAAUGGUGCUAUGGAGGGGACCAAUGGGACAAUCUUUGCCUACGGAGUGACAAGCAGUGGAAAAACUCACACUAUGCAUGGUGAUCAAAGAUCUCCUGGUAUUAUCCCGUUAGCCGUGAAAGACGCUUUCGACAUUAUACAAGAGACACCAAGGCGAGAAUUUCUCCUACGUGUUUCAUACUUAGAAAUUUAUAAUGAGGUUGUCAAUGAUUUACUGAACCCGGUAGGACAAAAUUUGAGGAUCAGAGAAGAUGAGCAGGGAGCUUUUAUUGAGGGAAUUAAAGAAGAAGUUGUGCUAUCCCCUGCUCAUGCGCUUUCUCUUAUAGCAGCUGGAGAAGAGCACCGACAUAUUGGAUCCACAAAUUUUAAUUUGCUCAGUAGCCGAAGCCAUACAAUGUUUACCCUGACCAUAGAGAGUAGUCCCUUGGGUGGCAAUAAUGAAGGUGAAGCUGUACACCUCUCGCAGCUGAACCUCAUUGAUCUGGCAGGUUCCGAGAGCUCAAAGGCUGGAACCAGUGGUCUAAGGCGCAAGGAAGGAUCUUAUAUUAAUAAAAGUUUACUGACUUUAGGGACGGUAAUAUCAAAGCUUACAGAUAGGAAGGCUAGUCAUGUACCAUUUAGGGACUCUAAAUUAACCAGGCUGCUUCAGUCCUCGUUGAGUGGUCAUGGACGUGUAUCUCUAAUAUGUACAGUGACUCCUGCAUCAAGCUGCACCGAAGAAACACACAACACACUGAAAUUUGCCCAUCGUGCAAAGCAUAUCGAAAUUCAAGCUGCACAGAACAAGAUAAUCGAUGAGAAAUCAUUAAUCAAGAAGUACCAAAACGAGAUUCGCCAACUUAAGGAGGAGCUUAGAAAAAAAACAGUUUCUCAGAUAGAAGAGGAAGAUUCUAAAGCAGCUCUCUUGAGUCGAAUCCAACGGCUGACAAAAUUAAUUCUCGUGUCUGGUAAAACUCCACAAACACCACGGGUUUCUCAUCGCGUUGUUCUUCGGAGGAGACACUCAUUUGGACAAGAGGAGCUUGCUUACCUACCAUACAAGAGGCGGGAUUUGAUGGAUGAAGGAAACCUUGAAUUAUAUGUUUCGGGGGAAGCUAAUCCUGAGAUUAUAGAUGAUGUAUUUAGAGAAGAAAAAAAGACCAGGAAGCAUGGACUACUUAAAUGGUUGAAACUUAAGAAAAAGGACAACAGUGUGGGGGAAUCAAGCAUCAGCGACAAGUCGAGUGCGGUCAAGUCUAACAGUACACUGUCAAAUCCUCAAGGGGAAGGCAGUAAUUUUCAUACAGAAUCAAAACUUUCAGAAAGCUCACCAUCGGCGGAUCAACGUUUAGAGCCUGGAGAAGAUAUAGAAUCCCUUGAAGGCAGUUUUCAUGAGAUAGAGUCACCUGAGGGUAGAAGACACACAAUCGACCAGAUGGAUAUGCUGAGGGAACAACAAAAGAUUUUAUCCGAGGAGAUGGCGCUACAAUCAAAGUCUUUUAAACAGUUGUCGGAAGAGGCUACCAAAGCCCCUCAAAAUGAAGAAAUUAAAGCGGAGAUUAUAAACCUCAACGAUGAUAUCAAGGCAAAGAACGACCAGAUUGCUGAGUUGGGGAAACAAAUUUUGGAUUUUGUAAUGACAUCACAUGAUGCACUGGAUAAGUCUGAUAUUGUGCAGGCUGUUUCUGAAAUGAGGGCUCAGCUAAAUGAGAAGAGUUUUGAACUAGAGGUUAAAGCUGCAGAUAAUCGUAUCAUUCAGGAACAACUCAACCAAAAGACAUUUGUAUGUGAAGCGUUACAAGAAGAGGUUGCAAACCUAAAGCAGCAGCUCUCUGACGCCCUGGAGUUGGGAGAUAUGAGAUCAUUCACAAGUCAAAUGCAACAAUCUUCUGAGACCCAAAACAAGGUCAUACAAGCACAGGCAUUUGAAAUUGAGGAGCUUAAACUGAAAGCUGCAGAACUAAGUGAGUUGAAGGAAGAACUAGAACUCAGAAACCAGAAACUUGCGGAAGAGAGUUCAUAUGCGAAAGAGCUUGCUUCAGCUGCUGCAACUGAGCUCAAGGCAUUGUCUGAGGAAGUAGCAAGACUUAUGAAUCGCAACGAGAGGCUAGCAGCUGAUCUGGCAGCAGUGAAUAAGAGCUCAGUUACACCACGAGGAGGCAAGACAGGAAACACCCCGAGGAAUGGAAGGAGAGAGAGUCUUCUUGUAAAGCGGAAAGAGCAGGACAGCUCGCUGAUGGAACUAAAGAGAGAGCUUAGCAUGAUGAAAGAACGUGAGGUUUCAUUUGAAGCUGCUCUCGGUGAGAAAGUUGAAAGAGAAGCAGAGCUACAAAGAACAAUAGAAGAGUCGAAAGAAAGAGAAGCGUAUCUGGAGGAUCAACUUGCUAAUAUGUGGGUUCUUGUUGCCAAGUUGAGGAGAUCACAAGGAGAUAAUUCAGAUAUAUCAGUGUCAGAGACACGACAAACCGAUCAUUUUGGGACUUGAGAGUAUGAUUCGACUUUGUAAUAAAUCGAUUUAAGACUCCUGAUCUUUAGUUUGUGCAUUGAUUUUCAGUUCUCAUUUCUUGCUGCCGCUUGGCUGUGUUUUCUUUGUUGACAGUAUUGUAAAGGAAGUAUCCUAAAGGCAAAUGAAAGACUCUUGUGCAAAUUUUCGUCUUCCUAUGAACAUUUUAGUGUUAUAUAAUCAGUAUACAACCCAAGUGUAACACCCCGGCCCUCGCUGCCGAUAGCACAUCUACUCACUACCUGAUGGUUGGUGUGUUAAUUUUCA